AAAAUUUUUAUUUACGGCAUGCAAAUUUCUAAUAUCGUGCGCUUUUAUUUCUCUGAAGUUGUGUGAAGUUUUGUUUUGCCCUCUUUUUCGAACUCGUAAGUUCCGUUCAUUCGAAAUUUUCAUCCAAUUCAAAGACCUCGUCAUGCCCGCGAGCAAAACAUACGGAAAUUUUAUCACCGCGUCCACAAAAAUGCCUGCUAGUUCCGAAAAUGACUUGGACGAACACAACAUCAAAAUGAACGGGAAUGAAACCAGCAGAUCUGUCCAGAGCUUUUCCCCGGGAGUUUCCGAACUAUCGAAUAUCGAAGCCGCGUCUAACAAUCAGCUGGUGUACAACGAGCAGCGGAAGGACAGUUUAGCUUGGGAGGAAUACUUCAUGGCUCUUGCUUUCCUCUCUGCCCAGCGCAGUAAAGAUCCGUGUUCCCAGGUGGGAGCUUGUAUAGUGAACGAACGUAACCAAGUUUUAAGCAUCGGUUACAACGGCAUGCCUAGUGGCUGUCCUGACCAGGAUAUGUGUUGGGGGAAGAAAGAUCCUCUUGAAAUAAACAAUAAAUACAUGUACGUUUGCCACGCCGAACUGAACGCAAUCGUGAACAAGAACAGCGCUGACGUGCGAGGCGGCCGCGUUUAUGUCACGCUGUUCCCGUGCAACGAGUGCGCGAAGCUCAUCAUCCAGUCCGGCAUCGUCGAGGUCGUAUAUUUUUCUGACAAACAUUGCGACAAAGAUUCUACCAAAGCAUCGAAGUUUCUGCUCAACAAGAGAGGCGUUUACUACAGAAAAUACGCCAGUUCUUUGACGCAACUGAGGCUUGAAUUCAACUUCAACGCAGUCACUCAACAAACCAGCGUUGCUGCAACCCAAGACGCGGUCCAACAACUCUGCUCUGACUUACGUAACUGCUGCAACGUCGAGACUAACGCCAACGUCGUUUGUUCUGAGGAUACCAACGCUAGAGGUCUUGAACCCACCUCAACCGCCACCACCACCGCCACCUUAUCUCUAGCUGACCCGUCGGAACUGCCGCGCCCCAGCGGCGCCUACAUCAGCUGGGAGGAAUACUUCAUGGCGGUGGCAUUCCUCUCCGCCCGCCGCAGCAAGGAUCCCGCCGUUCAGGUCGGGGCUUGUCUAGUGAACGAUGAACGCCGUAUCGUAGGAAUCGGCUACAACGGUCUGCCCAACGGCGUGCACGACGCUCUCGUCAACUGGCAUCAAACGGACCCAAAUUCUCCUCUCUUCAAGAAUUUCUACGUAUGCCACGCCGAAGUGAACGCAGUUCUGAACAAGAACUACACAGACGUUCGCUCGUGCACGCUGUACGUGACCGCGUAUCCGUGCAACGAGUGCGUUAAGCUGCUCGUGCAGUCUGGGGUUAGGAAGAUCGUUUAUUUCUCGGAGCCUGGAACAUCGGACGCUAGCGUCGUGGCGUCCAAGAAGAUAUUCGCCCUUACAGGAGUUGAAAUAUUUAAUUACAUGUCACUUGGGAACGUGAGGAAAGAAGUGAAGUUGGAUUUUUGUAUCAUCGAUAAUUGACGUACGACGCUUCCGGCCAAAGCUGAAAUUUUGAUCUGAAAAUAUGGAAGUACGCAUUAACAACUGGGCAAUAAUAAUGGUUAAAAAUUAUGAACAACUUCUUACCUCUUACUAAUCAUCUCAUUCUAAACAAUCAAAAUCUUUGCGUUGUCCAUGGAAUAAGUAUUCUUAGUUUCUUGAUCUCUCUCACAUCUUCAGUAUUUUAUCGUAAUGAUAUGCAGUGACGCUAACUUUUUAAAUC